AAAAAGUGGGCGGGGCGGGUGCGAACUGAGGGCUCUGCUUCCGGGGCGCGGGUGACGCAACGACCGCGACACUUUCCUACAGAGCGUCUCGGACGUCGAAUCCUAGAGUCUCUGCUUUUUCUCCUCUUCCGCUGCCUCAUUCCGUUGCUUCCUAGCCUUGGUCGUCGCCGCCGCCAUGAACAAGAAGAAGAAGCCGUUCCUGGGGAUGCCCGCUCCGCUCGGCUACGUGCCGGGGCUGGGCCGGGGCGCCACUGGCUUCACCACGCGGUCAGACAUCGGGCCCGCCCGUGAUGCAAAUGAUCCUGUGGAUGAUCGCCAUGCACCCCCAGGCAAGAGAACCGUUGGGGACCAGAUGAAGAAAAACCAGGCUGCUGAUGAUGACGAUGAGGAUCUAAAUGACACCAAUUAUGAUGAGUUUAAUGGCUAUGCUGGGAGCCUCUUCUCAAGUGGGCCCUAUGAGAAAGAUGAUGAGGAAGCAGAUGCUAUUUAUGCAGCCCUGGAUAAAAGGAUGGAUGAAAGAAGAAAAGAAAGACGGUAAAAUAAA